AUGGGGGAAAUGGAACAGAUGAAGCAGGAGGCUGAGCAGCUGAAGAAGCAGAUUGCGGAUGCCCGGAAAGCCUGUGCAGACACAACGCUUGCUCAGAUUGUGUCUGGAGUGGAGGUUGUUGGUCGGAUUCAGAUGCGGACCCGAAGGACCCUGCGUGGGCACCUGGCCAAGAUCUACGCCAUGCACUGGUCCACGGACUCCAAACUUAUGGUCAGUGCCUCACAAGACGGGAAACUGAUUGUGUGGGACACAUACACAACUAACAAGGUUCAUGCCAUCCCUUUGCGUUCUUCCUGGGUCAUGACCUGUGCCUAUGCCCCCUCAGGCAAUUUUGUGGCCUGUGGGGGCCUUGACAACAUGUGCUCCAUCUACAACCUCAAGACUCGUGAAGGCAACGUCAAAGUGAGCAGGGAGCUCUCAGCCCAUACAGGUUACCUCUCCUGCUGCCGAUUUCUUGAUGACAACAAUAUUGUGACUAGCUCUGGAGAUACCACAUGCGCGCUCUGGGACAUUGAGACGGGGCAGCAGAAGACGGUGUUCCUGGGUCACACCGGAGACUGUAUGAGCUUGGCCGUCUCCCCAGACUUCAAACUCUUCAUCUCUGGGGCCUGUGAUGCUACUGCCAAACUGUGGGACGUGCGGGAGGGCACCUGCCGUCAGACCUUCUCAGGGCACGAGUCUGAUAUCAACGCCAUCUGCUUCUUCCCUAACGGUGAAGCCAUCUGCACCGGCUCAGACGAUGCCACUUGCCGUCUCUUUGACCUCCGGGCAGACCAGGAGCUCAUAGUGUACUCUCACGAGAGCAUCAUCUGCGGAAUCACAUCAGUCGCCUUCUCCCGCAGUGGGCGCCUCUUGCUUGCUGGAUAUGACGACUUCAACUGCAACAUCUGGGACUCCCUGAAAGCAGAGCGUGUGGGAAUCCUUUCUGGCCACGACAACAGAGUGAGCUGCCUGGGGGUGACGGCAGAUGGCAUGGCCGUUGCCACCGGCUCCUGGGACAGCUUCCUCAAGGUUUGGAACUGA